AGUAACGCACAAGCCAGGAUAAUUAGAUAUUCUCACGAGAUAAAAAUACAAAUCCUGGUUUUGAAAAGAGGCUGAUUCCGUUCUUUUCAGUGACCGGACUUAACCCUAGCACCAACUCUCUCCACCGUCAAAUUCCAACUUUCCCGGCGAGGAUGAAGCGAAUUGUAAGGAUUUCAUUCACCGACGAAGAGGCCACCGAUUCUUCCAGCAGCGAAGACGAACAGACGAAGAGCGAAUCGCCGUCGCGCCGCCGAGGGAAGAAGUUCGUCAAGGAGAUCGUCAUCGACUCACCCGAUUCCCCAAAUAAUCUCGAGGUCAGCAAAACGCGGUUUAAAAUCAGGAUUCCGGCGAAGCUUCUAGCUGCGACGGGGAAGAAGAAGAAGUUCCGAGGCGUGAGGCAGAGGCCUUGGGGUAAGUGGGCGGCGGAGAUCAGAUGCGGCAGAGCUCGCGGUGGUGAUCGGAAGGGAAGACCUGUCCGUCUCUGGCUUGGGACCUUUGAAACCGCCGAGGAAGCUGCUCUCGCUUACGACAACGCCGCGAUUCAGCUUAUUGGGCCUGACGCGCCCACUAAUUUCGGCCGGCCCAAGGUGGAAUUGCCGGCGGUGAAGCUGGAUUCCGAUGCUGGUGCCUCCGUUGCUUCUCGGGAAGAGGAGGAGGCGUGACUCUUCUGUUUAACCUUACCCAUCUUUUGUAAAUUGAUUAUCUUUCUUAACUUCAAGCCCUCUUGUACAGGUUUCUAAGUUCUAAUUUCUCAUUCCAGAUUCUUGAUAUAUAAUUGUACAUUGUGAUGAUCUGGUGAUGUUUUCUUCAAAUUGGAGCAGAUUUGGAAUGAC